AUGAGGUUCUUCACUCUCUCUGUCCUUUCCCUCAUCGGUGCUGGUAUGGUGUCCGCCCGUCCCGGUGACAACUUUUCCGUCAAGCGCGGCGAGUCUACUGAGGACAAGGUCAACGCUGCCGCCGCAGCGCUCCACGGCAAGAAGCUCGAGAAUGAGGCCGAGUGCUCGGACUGCGUCGGACCUCUUCUCUGCUGUGGUUCUCUCGCCACCCCUCUCGACCCCAUUGUCGAUCCUCUCUUGUUGGCUCUCGGCGUUGAUGCCGCCAACAUCGUUGGAUCUAUUGGUCUUCUUUGCCACGGAUACGAUGAGAGCUGUGAGACUGAGCCUCAGUGCUGCACUGAGGCCAACCUUCUGGGUGGCACUGUCGCUCUGGGCUGCGCGGCCCUGAAGGAGUAA